UUAAUCUUGAUAAAAUGUUUUAAUUCAUGUUCUUUGUAAAGGCAUUGAAUUGUCUUUCAUUUUUUAUGCAGGUGCAAGGCUAUGGGAGGUUUCAAUACCAGUUUUGAAGAAGGCUUCAUUUUGGUGGGCUUCUCAGAUUGGCCACAGCUGGAACUUAUCUUUUUUGUCUUCAUUUCAAUUUUCUACUCUCUGACCCUCUUUGGCAACACCACCAUCAUUGUUCUCUCCCAACUGGACCCUAGACUGCACACACCCAUGUACUUCUUCCUCUGCCACCUCUCCUUCCUGGACCUCUGCUAUACCACCAGCACUGUGCCCCAGCUGCUGAUCAAUCUUUCUGGACUUGACAGGACCAUUAGCUAUGGACGGUGUGUGGCCCAGCUCUUCAUUGUCCUCUCCCUGGGUGGAACUGAGUGUGUGCUUCUGGUGGUGAUGGCCUUUGACCGCUAUGCUGCUGUGUGUCGUCCACUCUACUACACAACAAUCAUGCACCCCCUUCUCUGCCUGUCUCUGGCUAUUGCUGCCUGGGUGGGAGGUCUCAUGAACUCUCUGAUUCAGACAAGCCUCAUGAUGGCCAUGCCUCUCUGUGGCCUCCAUUACCUGAACCACUUCUUCUGUGAGAUGCUUGUACUCCAGAAGUUGGCUUGUGAGGACACAGGAGGCACAGAGGCCAAGAUGUUUGUGGCCCGAGUCAUAAUCAUUGUUAUUCCUGCAGCAUUGAUUCUAGGCUCCUAUGCACACAUUGCUCAGGCAGUGCUGAGGAUCAAGUCAAUGGCAGGGCGCAGAAAGGCUUUUGGGACCUGUGGGUCCCACCUCCUUGUGGUUUGUCUGUUUUAUGGCUCAGCCAUGUACACAUACCUCCAACCCUUGGGCAAUUACUCUGAGAGUGAAGGAAAGUUUGUUGCUCUUUUUUAUACUAUAAUUAUCCCUAUGCUCAAUCCUCUGAUCUAUACCCUAAGGAACAAGGAUGUGAAGGGGGCUCUGUGGAAGCUGGUGGGGAGAGGCAGAGACUUGGGAUAGGAGGAUAAAAGAGGGUUAAAAACAUUUCCUGUCACAGCUCUCUCCUUAUGGAGCCCAUCUUGUUUCUUAUAGGAUGGUUAGUGUGUAGAUAACAGUUCUCUAACUUAGCAUUAUCUUCUCCAAUGCCAUCCAUUUACCUGCAAAUGACACGAUUUUAUUCUCUUUUAUUGAUGAGUAAAAUUCCAUUGUGUAUAUGCCACAGUUUUUCUAUCCAUUCAUCCAUUGAAGGGCAUUCUGUUGUCGUGUAUUUAAAAUAAUAAAAUCAAUUAAAUAAAAAAGAUAAUAGUUCUCAGUAGGGCACAGCAUUUUUUAAAAAAUUUCUUUGUUUGAAAUUUUGAAGGGGAGAUCUCUUGAGAUGUUUAUUUGCUAUGCUAUUUGUUCAGUGGUGAGUAAGUUCUAAGGGAAUGAGAUGGGAAGGGGGUGCAUCAUGACCAUAUAAGAAAAAUGAUGUUGGGUCCUUGGCAUGUUUGGGAAUCAGAGUAUCAUCAGUUCAGACUGACCACACUUUUUCCAUUACCAAUGUGGUGCAAUAAAGAUGACACUAUGACAAAGGCAGAGGACAUGAGUUCACCCUGAUUUUCUAAUUAUCUGGGAUUCUGCCACAUUCCUUCAUAUCUCAGGACCUUUUCUCAAAAGUUUCUUACCCUUUUGUGAUACUUGGAACAAAUAAAAAUUAUGAACAGAACUACUUCAUGGAGCAUAUAAAUUUCAGACAUGGGUGUCAUUUACCUAUUGAAGAAAUAAGCAACCAUAUUAUUCUUGAAUAAUAGGAGAAAGCAACUUCUUGCCAGCUUCAGAAAGAGUCUCAGUGAUGCUACUGGAGUCAUGGAGAAGAAAUUUCCCAUGUAAGGUCAAAGAGAAUAAAGAAGAAAUGAGUAUGCAAAUUAUGAAUUUAAAAUGAAUUAUAAUCACAUAUUAUAUGUUGGCAGAGUGAAGAAAAAUAUAUAUAAAAUAUUGCUCUCAAAGAAAUUUAACAUAGGACAUAAAUUGAAGCAAAGUGCUAGUUCAUCAUUUUAACACAUGUGGAAGCUUAUUUGAGAUCUUCUAUUCCACUUUUGCAUGUUUAUGUUUCUUUAUUUCAGUAUCAUAUUUUAGUCAUUAUCAUUUUAUUUCAUGUACUUAAAGAAUAGUGUCAUGCUAAAAGUGCAAGUAUCAUUCUUUUCUAUUGAUUUUUUAUAAAUGACAGUGGAAUGCAUUACAAUUCAUAUUAGAAUAUAGAGCACAUUUUUCAUAUCUCUGGUUGUAUAUAAAGUAUAUUCACAUAAAUUUGUGUCUUCAUGCUUGUACUUUGGAUAAUGAUGUUCAUCAUAUUCCACCAUCAUUUCUAACCUCCUGCCUCCUCCCUUCACCUACCACCUCUCUGCCCUAUCUCGAGUUUGGAGUUUGUCUAUUUCUCCUAUGCUCCCCCUCCCUACCCCACUAUGAAUCAGCCUCCUUAUAUCAGAUAAAACAUUUGGCUUUUUUGGGGGGGGAUUGGCUAACUUCACUUAGCAUUAUCUUCUCUAAUGCCAUUCAUUUCCCUGCAAAUGCUAUGAUUUUAUUUUCUUUUAUUGCUGAGUAAUAUUCCAUUGUGUAUAUAGGCCACAUAUUUUUUAUCCAUUCAUCUACUGAAGGGCAUCAAGGUUGGUUCCACAUUUUAGCUAUUGUGAAUUGUUCUGCUAUAAACAUUGAUGUGGCUGUGUUCCUGUAGUAUGCUGUUUUUAAGUCCUUUGGGUAUAGACUGAGGAGAGGGAUAGUUGGGUCAAAUGGUGGUUCCAUUCCCAGUUUUCUAAGGAAUCUCCACACUGUUUUUCAUAUCGGCUGCACUAAUUUGUAGUCCCAUCAGCAAUGUAUGAGUGUACCUUCCCAUCCCACAUUCUUGCCAACAGUUAUUUUUGUUUAUCUUCCUAAUAGCUACCAUUCUGAUAGAAAUGAGAUGAAAUCUUAGAGUAGUUUUGAUUUGCUUUUCUCUAUAUGCUAGAGAUGAUGAACAUUUUUUCAUAUAUUUGUUGAUUGAUUGUAUAUCCUCUUCUGAAAUGUGUCUGUUCAGUUCCUUGGCCCAAUUAUUGAUGGGUUAUUUGUUUUUUGGUGUUUAGUUUUUUGAGUUCUUUAUAUACCCUAGAGAUUAGUGCUCUAUCUGAUGUCACCCAUCACACAUCAGGUAUCUAUCUUAAUAAUCUUUUUGGUUUGAUGGAGUAAUCUUUUUUUUCAAUACUAAUCACCAUUAUUUGCUUAAGAUAGGAAAACUUGUGUAGAGUAAAUUGUCAUUGAUACUAAAAUUGUAUUGAGUUAGUUUUCUAUAUUCAUGUUUUGUUAUAUUCCUUGCUUAAUCAUGAUGAAACUAAAGGUCCAGUGUGUUUAAGUAACUUAUUCAAGUUUACAUAGCCAAUGUGGGUUCAAUAUGUGACCCAGGCUUCUGCAAUUCUAAAUACAACUCUUACUUCAAUGUUCUGCUAGUUUUUUUCUGACAGUGAAUUUUUAAUAGAUGAAGACUGAGGCUAGAAAGAAAGGUAGGAGGUAAAAAGGGUGUCAUGACAAUACAAUAGAGAAAGGACAGUCUAUUUAAUGAGUGGUUCUGGGAAAACUAGCUGUGCAUAUGAAAAGAAUAAAUUGAUUUUCUGAGAUAUACAAUAAAAGUAAAACUAUACAAACAGGACCACAUUAAACUUAAAAACAUCUGGGCAUCAAAGAGCAUAACUGACAAAGGGACAAAAUAUUUUCAAAUCACGUAUCUAAUAAUAGUUAAUAUCCAGAAUAUAAUGACCACCUACAA